AGCGCCUUUUCGCUUCGAAAGAAACGUCGCUAGUAUCAUUGUCCCCCCUUCCCACCUAGUAGAUCUAGUCUUUUUAUAAGUAUAAAAUAAAGCAGCAAGCUAAAUAGCCAAUCUCUACCCGACCCAAAACUUUUUACCCAUUUUCAGCUUCUAUUUUAUCUUUUCCUCUUUUGAGCACUCAACUGCGAAACGUAAAGGAGCACGCGGAGCCCGCGCGUCCCCAUGCACAAAUGAAUGAGAGCGCGGUAACAACUAAACCAACUAACUCGCAUCUCCGAGUUAGUCGUCCGGCCGGCCGAAUCCGGGCGGCCGGACGACUAACUCGGCACUGUAAGUGCGACAUCUUUCCUAUUUAGCGAGUCCGGAGCCGGCGACUCCGGUCGGAGGUGUGUUUUGGAAACGCCCCGGCAGCAUAUGCAAUUCGUGUGGUUUUGUGCAUGGUUUUUGUGCUUUCGGUACAAAACUCACUUCAGUCGGAAAGCGUGUAAAAGUGUUGCGCCCCGUAGAUAUUAGUCGCGCGACAAAUCAUUUGCGUCGCAACAGUGACAGAGCGGCCUCUGCCUGCGUUGCAAAGAAAGCGAAAACGUCGCCCCGACGAUUUUCAAAAAAGAUCCCAAUGGCAAAAAUAGCAUACGCAAAAGCACGAAUCUGCAUAAGGAAUUCCGGCUGUCGCCGACUGCGCGAUCGUUAGCCCCUCCGCGCACGAGCUGCCUGCUAGCUGGUGGUCGCCCCGAGUUAAUACCUAGCCGCCUACCACGAGUUUUUUCAAAACACACCUCUGCCCGGGGUCGCCGGCUCCGGAGUUGCUAUAUGCAAUAACUUUCGCACUUACAAUGCCGAGUUAGUCGUCCGGCCGCCCGGAUUCGGCCGGCCGGACGACUAACUCGGAGAGGCGAGUUAGUUGGUUUAGUUGUUACCGCGCUCUGAAUGAAGUUAUAGUUAGUAGUGCCCCAUGUCCAAGAAGCGAAGAAUGGAGGCUCUUCCCGGCAAGGAACCCACCGCCGCCGGGCCCGGAGCGGCCACCUCACCGGCCGUUUCUUCUCCAAACCAGAACCAGAACCCAAAACCGACCAUCAACCUGCUCCGCCUCGUCUCCGCCUGUUGUUACGCCGCUGAGAAAGGGAUCAAAGCGAUUCGCAAAGAGAAGAAAAAACAGGGCUCCACCGUUGCCGUUCUCCAAGAGAAAGUCGACGGGGAUGACAAAUCCUGCGUCACCAAGGCGGAUUACGCCGCGCAAACCGCGAUCUUGAACUACUUGCGGCAGUGGGAAACGUUGGAAGGGAUUGCGAAGGUGCCAAACGAGAAGAAUCCGUUAAGAUUUGGGCUUGAUAUCGUCGGAGAAGAGGAUGAGGGGUUGCAGCUGACGAAGGAAACUGAAAACGAUGCGCAGACGGCAGGAACUGAGCCUGGUGCUCCUGUCGCAGCCGUAGAAAAUGAAGACCCAGCCACCGCCGAAAGCAAAUCCCUCCACCCCUACUGCGAACUCCUGUUGAAGCAACUCCACACCCAAAAGGACAGCGAUGCUUUGAAGAAGAAACUGGAACAAACCAUCCCCGUCGAGCACAUCACCCUGUUCGUCGACCCGUUGGACGGGACCCGGGAAUUUGUCAAAAACCGGCUGCAGAACACGCAGACCUUGAUCGGAAUUUCCGCGUAUGGUGCGCCGAUUGCCGGGGUGAUUGGAUUGCCGUUUUGGGGACUGCAGAAAGUGAAGCACAGUACUAAGUCCUCUUCUUCAAGUAAAGCCAGCACUUCCGAUGCUGAUUUCGCGAAAGAGAGCGGAGUCGUGACUAGAGGCCAUGCCGUUGCGGCGAAUGGGUCGACGUGCCAGGAAGCAGCGGGGGUAGAAGGGGAAGAAACAGUCUUAACGCCACUGCACGAGAUGCCGUUAGGUGGUCCAGCUUCCUCUACAACUUCUGCCGACCCGACAGUUUUCUACGCUGACUCAAGCAACAUCCCCGCGCCGGAAGACGACAUCCAGCUUGUCUGCGGUAUCGUCGGGAUUGAAAAACUCGCCGGUGUUGGGACGCUUGACGAGAAGCGGCUUGAGGCGAGACAAAACGGGAAUAAAGAUGUUGAGCCACAACUUGAACUUGCGGGCAACGAAGAAAAUAUAAUGGUCCUCGCCACCUCGAACGACUCCGCCGGGCCGUUGAAAAGAAUCAAAAAAACGCUGGAAGAAUCCAACUUCCACUUCCAGCACGUCGCGGUAUGCAUUGCAAAAGUGUCUGGGUCUGGAAGGUUGCAACUUCUGAUGCUGCGUUUGGAUUCUAAAAAGAUUUGUAUUGCAUGACCAGCAAGAGGAGUCCAGUUCGUGCUACGCGGGGAGGGCAUUUGUCAUGCGGAAUAGGUAUCAGGAAGCCUUCAAAAAAUCUGUGAUGCUAGGCCAUGCAUUACAGGCAUCAUGGGUCAUGCAAAGCAUGCAUGACAAACCUUGCACUCAUCUUCCAGACCCAGACAUAUUUGCAUUUGAUACGCGGGCGCCGGAAACAAAAUCCUCCAGAUUUUGCUCGGCAAAGCGGAUUCCGCGCUGUUCAAUUUGAAAACGAGUAGGUGGGACAGUUGCGCGCCGGGGGCGCUCUUGGCGGUUGUUGGGGGGAGAAUGAUGGAUCUGUUCGGCGCGCCGAUCAUGCACAUAAGGGCUCCGAAGGAAAUUCUAAAAGAAAUAGAGAAGAAAACUCUGACAAUCGAGGACUACUACACGAACAGUUACGGGGUGUUUGCCUACACGAAAAGAACGGAGGAACUGUUGAAGGAGGUCCGUGACACCAGUGGUGGGAAACAAGUGAAGCACCCAGCGUAUCCAACCUGGGGCGCGAAAUUGCGGGCGAUUGAAAUGAGGGAUGAUAAAACAGAAGCCUCUUCUUCCAGCACUACAGGGGGACAACUACAACAACCGGAGGAGCAGACGAUGCAGUCGCUCCUGGUAGAGCAGUUUGGAAUCCAGGCGUUUCCGAGCGAGAACGGUUCUGCUCUCCUUGAAAGUUUAGAGCAUCACCAGUGCCACCCACAGCAGGCGACGGACAUUCUCCGGGAUCUGAAUGGAGAGUUUCUGUCAAAGAACUUUUUCGAAAAGAUGUUGACGAAAAACACGCUCAAGACCACUGAUCAAGAACCACAAAUGAUCUUCCAAAAGGUCUCUAUACAGCGUGUCGCUGCCCCGGAACCGAGCGCCAUCCGCUACCUGAUGUCAGAAGCGUGCCGGGUUUUCUUGAGCUACAACUCCUACAACUCGGAGAAGAAAGAUCAUGGGGAACAAGGAACAACUUCCAGCAACGUGCAGACGCAGAGCUUGUUCCUCAAGCGCUCUGCCAUGCGGGAGUUGCCCCAUUGUCAGCUGAAGGCAAAGACCCAACCAGAGAAGCUAGCGAGAGAUGUUCGGUCGUACGAGGUCGAGUUUGGGUUUCUGGAGGCCAUGGCGGACAGGAAUUAUCUCGGUGACAGUGCCGAGGAAGCCGAAGCAGAUCACUCAACAGCAAGAACAUCACCACCCCGAAGCACCCGCUCCGCCCCCAACGACCUUCUCCGAAAACAGGCGAGGCUCCAGAUCCCUGCUUGUAAAUAUUGCGAGAAAAAAGUUUACCCGGAAUCCCCCAUUGACAGCUCGUUUCUGAUCCUGUUAUCCGAUUUCUCCCCGAUGGAAUCCUGGGAACAAAGAAUCAUGGUCGUGGAGAAGGAAGAGUUGGUCACCGCGGUGAAGGCGCUAGCGAGGUGGCACGCGUUCUUCGCACAGAGCAGGUUACAGAAGCUUGAUCUAGAAAAAAAGAUCACGAAAGAGUUGAAAAGCAAAAACAUCGUUUGGGAAAACGGAACCUUCUGGGCCUCGAACCGGCAGUCGGCAUCCAUGUACGAAAAUGUGGAAAAAGUUUGGAAGGAAAAGAAGUUCGCAGACCGGUUUUGUGCUCUGGUGAAAGAGAGACUGGCGGAAGAAACGACAGCGAAAAAUAAAAACGCGCGAGCUGAUGAUCGCGACGGGCUCGAACUCCUUCCAGAAGACGCACUUCAGUCUAUCGGCGCGAACUUGCAGAAGCACACGAAAAGGUUGGCGUUUGAGAUGCACGAAGAAUGGAGAACGGAGGACAGCAGACCAGCAGAUAAAGCCGAAGAACAUUUCAUCACCCUCCUUCACGGUGACCCGAAAGCCGCAAAUAUGUUUUUUCGACGAGCUGCACCAGCGGCGGCCCAGGAUGAGGUUGGAACGGGAACAACUGGUGGCAACAUCGACCCUGGAGAGGAAGAAAUUGAAUUCGCUUUCAUCGAUUUUCAGUGGACCGGCUGGGGCUUGCCGAUGGUUGAUUUGGCGUACAUGCUGGCGGCCUGCGCCGGACCGGAGUUGCUGGAUUUGGCUGGAACGCAAGAAAAGGAACUAUUGCUCAUUUACUACGAAGAACUGAAGAAGCAAAUCGCAAAAGACUUGAUGAACAAGAAGAAAACCGGUACAGUGACAACUACUUCAUCACCCCAAACCGGUACAGUGACAACUACUUCAUCACCCCAUCACUCCGAGACGGAAAACAUCGCGCAGAUAAUACCACCAAUGUCCUACUUCCAGAACCAGUACGAAAAAGCGUUUCUCGACCACUGUACCACGGUCUUCACCUACAUGUGGCCGAGAUUUGACGCGUCGGUGGAGAAUCUGGAAAAGCGAAAAACCUUGUUCGCCGCGAAUCCCUACAACAAAAACGCAAGGAGCGCAGCGUGGUUGAUGUACAGAUGCUACGUGUACUUGGAAAAGAUGGAGUAUCCGGCUUGUGAAUAGGAGUUCUUUCACUGAAAAAAACCAUAGUUGUGGACGACGAGCAACGUGUCAAUUUGAUGUGCUCGUAUCUCACAUGGUUCUUGAAGCCGCCCAUUCAAUGAUAAUGGUGACCGUGGUGGAGGUGCCUUGCGCUUGCACACUACAAAACCCUUCAAAUGAAAGGUGCGAGGUUCUUUUGGAUGACGCCGUGUUUUGUGCUGUCAACGCAGGGUGGGAGGACGAGCAGAUCUUCAAUGUUUUUUGGUCCGAG